CUGUGUUUCAUGAGUGCUCUGCUUCCUAUGCUUUAUUUUGCAAAAAGUCAGAAGAAUCUUUAAAAAAAAAAAAAAUGAUGCAGAAUUUAAGCUGCAAAGUUCAAAUUAUCCAUCUUUUGCUUCUUUGAAUCACCAAAAGUUAAAAGAGAGACAAAACAAAGAUGGUGAAUCCGAUCCCCACCAGUGUGAAGAGGCUAUGGGAGAAAUGGAAUAUCAGAACUAUCAUUCUCUUCAGUCUCACGAUGCAGGCCUUUCUAAUAUUAGCUUCCCCUCUCAGAAAACGCACCGGCAACAAAUUUGUUAUGUUCUUGAUCUGGUCCGGUUACUUGCUCGCCGACUGGGCAGCUAACUUCGGGGUCGGCCACAUUUCAAGCAACCAAGGCAACGGCAAUGGUAAAAACAAUUAUCUUCUUGCCUUUUGGGCACCAUUUCUUCUUCUUCACCUCGGCGGUCCCGACACCAUAACUGCGUUUGCUCUCGAAGAUAACGAGCUCUGGCUCAGGCACUUACUUGGUCUGAUUGCUCAGGUCUGUGCUACUCUCUACGUCUUCAUUCAAACAGUUCCGGGGAACAAUAUUUGGAUCCCGACAGUGCUUUUGUUCUUGGCUGGUAUUACCAAAUAUGCUGAAAGAACAAGAGCUUUGUAUCUUGCAAGCUUGAGUAGUUUCAGAGAAUCCAUGCUCACAGAGCCAGAUCCGGGUCCAAACUAUGCAAAACUCAUGGAGGAAUACUCUUCGAAGAAAGACGCGAGACUGCCAACCAUAAUCCAUAUGACCGCCGAGCCCCGGAAAGAAUUCAAGCUCUCCAAUUCUGUUAAGAAAAAUGACAAGGAGAUGGAUCAAAUUGAGGUGGUGGAUCACGCUUAUCAGUACUACAAAAUCUUCAAAGGAUUAAUUGUGGAUAUCAUUUUAAGCUUCCUCGAACGCAAUCAAAGCCGUGAAUUGUUCAGCAAGUUGAGUGCUGAAGAUGCUUUGAGGAUUAUAGAGGUUGAGCUUAACUUCCUCUAUGAAGCUCUGUAUACCAAGGUCAUUGUGGUUCACAGUAAAUGGGGGCAUCUUUUCCGGUUCCUUUCCUUCGGUUCAACCGCAGCUGGGCUUGGUGUCUUCAUUUCUGUUGACAAGGAUGGUUUCGAGAGCGUCGAUGUUAUAUUGACUUAUAUUUUGUUGGGGGGUGCCAUAGCUCUGGAUGCAAUAGCCAUGUUUAUGGUCUUUUUCUCCGAUUGGACUGUUAUUGGUCUUGAUGCCAAGUCCAAGAAAAGCAAUUCGAUCUGGAUUCGUCCCCUCCGAAAGUUCCUCGAGUGGAAGAAUCCCAAAUGGUCUAAAGUAGUUCCCUCUAAGAGUAGCUCGGAUGAUGGUAGUAGUCAAGGAGGUUUGUUAUCACUUCUAAAACGGUGCUUUUGCUGCCUUUGCAAAUCGAAAAAAGUGGAGAAAAUCAAUCCCCUCAAGGACUAUAUGGUGUUAUCCACACCAUGGCUGUUUCGCCGAUGGUCUCAGUCCGUCUCGGCCUCCAAUCUGGUAACAUAUUGUCUCCACAAUCUUCCUAAACCGAUUCAUGAAGUUGAUAACAUUUACCAAGUACACCUUUGGUUUCGAAAAGCACUUCAGCUUUCCGGUCGCGGUUGGGACAAAAUCAUCGAAAAGUUGGGAGCCAAAGACUUUUUAGAUGAGAUCAAUCACGUGACGCACCGCAAAUUGAAUCUAAAGCUAUGGCGCUAUAUCUUCAACGAAAUGGAAUCGAAGUUGUCAGAUGCUGAGGAUGAAGAAAUUCUCAGCCAUAUAUGCUCUGCUAGAGGUGAAUAUGUUCUGAAGGAACGUGUAUGGGAAGGUGAUGUUUCUAAGUUGAUUCCGUAUGUUACUGAUGACGAAGUGACCUAUGAUGAGAGCCUUUUACUAUGGCACAUUGCCACCGAGCUCUGCUAUAAUUCCCAGUCGGUAGAAGAAAGUCUAAAACCCAAUGAUGAUCGAGAAUUCAGUAAGAUCCUAUCAGAGUACAUGAUAUAUCUUCUGGUUUUUCAACCUACUAUGAUGUCGGCUGUGGCGGGUAUCGGGCAAAUAAGGUACCGGGACACCUGCGCUGAGGCGAAAAAAUUCUUCACCAGAAUGGAAUUGGGACCGGGAGACGAAAAGAAGGCCUGCAGUAGCAUAAUGAAUGUGAAUACGGAGGUUAAACCUGUGACGGUGAAAGGGGAUAGAAGCAAAUCUGUGCUUUUCGAUGCGUGUAUUUUGGCCAAGCAACUGAAUGAGAUUAGCGAGGAAAAGUGGAAGAUAAUGAGUGCUGUUUGGGUGGAAAUGUUGUGUUAUGCUGCUUCACAUUGCAGACCAGAAACACAUGCCCAACAAGUUAGUAAAGGAGGAGAGCUUAUUACUUUUGUUUGGUUACUGAUGGCUCAUUUUGGUCUUGUAGAUCAGUUCCAGAUUAAUGAAGGGCAUGCUAGAGCCAAACUGAUUGUGGGAAAAUAGCUGAGAGAGUUCUUUUUUUUUUU